AACGGAAUUUGCUAUACUGCAUUACUGCAGUAUAUAGUGUAUACGGUGUAUAGAACUGCAGUAUAUUGUACUCACUAUUUACUUAUUACUUGAAUAGUAAUUACUUUAUAGUUGUUACUGUUUACAUUUCUUUUUAUCCAUUAAACACUUUUUUGACAAUUUAGAAUUUGAAUUUCAAACUUCGGCUAUCGAGUGUCAUUAUCUAAACCACGUUAACGUAGAACCAAGGAUAAGUGGAAUAAUCCAAGUAACAAAAAAGUAGUUUGAAGGCUUGCUCAAUAUUAUUAACUCAAAAUUACAAAUGAGUUCUGAAUUUGUUGAAGGAUGGAGAAUCGCUCAAACUUUAGGCGAAGGAACAUUUGGCGAAGUAAAACUUUUGAUAAACCAAAAUACAAAUGGCACUGUAGCUAUGAAAAUAAUUGAUCUAAAAAAUUUUCCUGAUGCACUGAUGAUGGUAAAAAAAGAAGCAGCCAUACAUUCCCGUUUGAAGCAUUCAAGUAUUAUUAAAUAUUUUGGACAUCGUCAUAGCAAAGAUAAUUAUUUUAUAUUCUUAGAAUAUGCAUCUGGAGGUGAACUAUUUGAUCGAAUUGAACCAGACAUUGGAAUGCCUCACUCUGAAGCCAAGAAGUUUUUUAAAGAGUUGCUUGCUGGAGUUGAAUAUUUACAUAAUAAUGGUAUUGCUCAUAGAGAUUUGAAACCAGAAAAUUUAUUGUUGGAUGAACAUGGAAAUUUAAAAAUAAGUGAUUUUGGAUUAGCAACUUUAUUUUUAUGUGGUGGGAAAAGGCGUAAACUUGAAAAAAGAUGUGGAACACGACCGUAUUUAGCUCCCGAAGUUUUGUCAGAGUUACCUUAUCAAGCUGAACCUUCUGAUAUUUGGUCAUGUGGUAUUAUACUAGUUUCUAUGCUUGCUGGAGAGUUACCUUGGGAAAUGCCAUCAGCUGAUGAUGAAGAUUAUAAAUUAUGGAAGACUACUGAUUAUGCUAAUCAUUCACCAUGGUGCAAAUUAGAUACUUUAGCAUUGUCUCUUGUAAGAAAAAUAUUAAUACCAACACCAUCCAAAAGAUAUGAUAUACCAAAAAUUCAAGCUCAUCAUUGGUUCAUUAAGUCAAAAACAAGUGAUAACAAGAAAGUGGGCAUUUCUGUUUUAUCUGAUAGAGGAUUUGAUGAUGCACGUCCUUGUUAUUCUCAACCCGCUCCAGCAGCCGUUCCAUUUUCUGUAUCUAUUCCACCUAAUGAAUCUGAUAUACAUUCAUUUACUCAGCCUACUCAGGUUGAAGAUUUGUUGUUAUCUUCACAAAUUCAGACAUCACAAACAGUGUCAACCACGUUAAACAAUUCUAUUCAGAAAUUAGUCAAAAGAAUGACUAGAUUUAUUGUUUGUUUAUCAUCUGAUGAAGCAUUGGCUACUUUGUCACAGUUUCUUGAUGAUUUGGGUUAUACAUGUAAAAUCAAUACUUCUGGUUUGGUUACAAUUACCACUGCUGAUCAGCGUUUAGUGUUUAAAUCGAAUGUGAUUCCAAUGAACCAUCAGACACUAAUGGACUUCAGACUGUCAAGAGGUUGUGGCUUAGAAUUUAAAAGACAUUUUGUUGCCAUUAAAAAUGCAAUGGCAAAAUUUAUAUACAAAGGUCCAAUGAUGUGGCCAGUUGCUAUGGCCACUAAUACAGUACCAUGAGCCAUAAAUAUGUACUAUAUUUAAUUUUAUAUAGAAGAUGAUCAAGACUGAUGUAUAAAAGAUAAAUUAUUAAUUUAUAUUAUUUUUGUAUUAAGUAGAUUAGUCUAUGUAAAAGUACAUUGGUUAAAAAGAAUGUGUAUGUAACAAUUCAGAUUUAUUCUAUUUUUUCAAUUUCAUAUUUUAUAUGGUAAGCUUAAAGUGAUUAAUUAUGCUAACUAUAAUAGAACAAGUUGAAACAACAUACAUGUUCAGUGUGUUAUAACACUUUGUUUAUUUUACAAUUGACAGGGCGAUUGCCUUAAAAAUUUAUUUUAUUUUAUACAUUACUCUAUAAACAAUUGUCACAAUCGCAGUUUUGGCUACAACUGUGGUCAUAUCUUAGGGACAACUUUGUAAACUUAUAAAUAUUUUUAUUUAUUUUUGUGUAUUCUUUCAAAAAUUUAUAGAAUUGAGAAUCAAUAAAUACUACGGUUUUAAUUAUUA